UCCAGGCCGGCAGGGGGCGCCGGGGAGCCUUGACAAAACGUACGCGGUGCGGAGUCUGCGCAAUUCGCUUCUUCUCGUCAGUCCGAACUUUCGGGAGGAAGGAGGGGAGAACGGCGCCAUUUUUCUGGAGUUGGACGGGAUCGUCCCGACUGUGACGCUUCACCGAAACCACAGGAAGAGGAGGCGGAACCAUGGCGACCGUGUGGCGCGAGGAGGACGAGGAGUUUAGAGCGGGGGGCGUGAUGAUGAAGGCCAAGCCCAGGUUCUCCUUCCAUGAGAUCAAAGUGCUGCUGAACGCCGUGACCAAGAACAGAUACAUCCUGCUGAAGAAGUUCAAUCAGGGGGUGUCGGCAGAAACCAAGAAGCAGACGUGGGCGGAGAUCACCGAGCAGGUCAACGGUCUGGGGGAGAACCACCGGCAGGUGCGGCAGAUCAUGAAGAAGUGGGCGGACCUGAAGUGCGACGGGAAGAGGCGCAUCGCCGCCUUACGCGGCCCCAACGGCAGCAACAUGAGGAAGAAGAAGAUGGGCCCCGUGGAGAAGAUGGUCCACAAGAUCCUGAUGCUGAGUCCUGAGACGGAUUCCAUCAAUGACCAAGACCUGGAAGAGGACGACGACCUGGCAAAAUUCACGACCCCCGCCUCAGGAAGCCACUUCUCCUACCUGAACCUGAGUGACAGCUCCCACCCCUUCUCGGGGGAGGCCUUCGAGGUGUCGCCCACCUCCACCCCGGAGAAGGAUCUGGGUGACCCUCUGCAGUCGUCCUCCGACAUCGACCUGCCGGAUGAAGAAGAACCAGUCAUGAGUUUCGAGGACGACUCUGCGUUCUCCUACCCCCCGCCGCUGCCUCCACCCGCCCCCCUGCUGGACGACGCCCAGCUGAAGUGGAAGCCGGUCCAGACCUACUCCAGGAGCGGCCAGAACCAGAACAGCGGCAGAGCCGCGGCCUCCACCUCCGCCGUUCCCCCACCCUCUCCCCCAGCCCCCUCUGCUUCGGCGGCUGUUGUGGCCAAUGGUACCUGUUCCCCCCCUGCACCCGCCCCGACCCCCAUCGCCCCGUCCCCUCCACUUCCUGCUGCCAGAGCUGCCCCGACCAUCGCCGCCCCUUCCCCCGUGUGCCCGCCCAGCUCCUCCUCCUCGGGGCCCCUCCCCGCGGGGGCGUCCCAGCACAGGGUUCAGGACCAGGUGUCGGUUCUGGCGGCGCAGAGCCUGCGGCAGCAGCAGGCGGGCCGCGUGCUGCUGGCCUCCGUGUCCCAGUCUCUGGAGGCGCUGGCGCAGUCGGUGCAGCUGCUGGUGGAGAGCCAGCAGGAGUUCGUGACGGAGUCGCUGCAGCUGCAGCGGGACACGGUGGAGGUCCUGAGGGACUUCUCCAACACGGCGCUCGGCAUGCUGAGGGACAAGGCCGGCGGGGGGCAGCCGGGGGGCCAGCAGCAGCAUCCUCAUGCCACGCCGCGCUUCUGAGGCAGGACCCGUGUGGCAGGGCGCUCCGUGGUCAGACUUUGAUGCAUGCGGCGCAGCGGCUUCAUGGACGCCGUCCCGUCUCAGAGCAGCAGGAAUUAAGAUGUUUGGUGGUUUUUAUUUAUGAAUCAAAGAAGCAGAAAAACUUUUUGUUCAGGAUGAAGGUUUUCUGUAGAUCUGCUGUUAGGAAGGAUGGAGGAAAAGUGGGAUGUUCUAGAUUUCUUUUUUACUGAAACUGGCUUCAGUUCUUUUGGAGAACGAUGAUAAAUAAAGCACAGACUGGACUGA